UUCUCAUAAAAGUUUGAUGUCGUCGUCGUUUUGAAAUAAACAUGUGUAAUAACGAUCAAUGAAAGUAAUAUUUUAAUGCAGCGUUAUUAGAAUGUUCAACAGUUUACAAUGAAAAGUAGAAGUGUUUGUGCAUUUGGAUUUUAUUUACGUAGUUUCUUUGGAUCUAAGGGCGAGAGGAAAUCCUGAGGCACUUUAAAUAGGCCUAGCCUAAGGCAGGCCAGUCGUUCGGAGCUUUGUUGGACAGUGCUGGGUAUAGGUGCAAGGCGUCCAUCAUCGCAGAGGAAGAGACAGAUAUGCUGGUGAUUGACAAGUCCCACCAACAUAACGAGCUAUUGAGGAGAAGGCUGUUUGUCAAGACUCAUCCUUUCUUUGUGAAGUGGACAGAAGCACAGCAGGAAGAUCUUGCAGCUGCAAUUAAAAAGCACGUUUUUUACCCACGGCAAUGUCCUUUCCACCAAGGAAGUGACGUCACGGGUCUCCAUUUUCUUGUCAAAGGAAAAGCUCACCUAUCCGUGGUGCCGGAUUUGCACAAGAAACAAUACCCAGCGAUAUUCGAUGCAGUUGAAAUGAGCAAGAAAACUCCAGUUGAUUUCGAACACCGCGUAUCAAAGACUACAAAGUUACAAAAUAUCUGCGAGCAUCACGUUAUUCAGAGGCCAGAAAUAGCGUGCAUGAAGAAAAAGAGUGGUUUGUCAACCGCAGAGCACGGAGUGGAGCUUUGUGAAAUUUCAGAAGGGGAUAUAAUUCAUGACAUAGAGGUUAUCUUAAAUCUCUCCACUUCGCUUUUCCGUGCUGUUUGCUCCAAGGAGUGUGUCUUUUACUCUCUUGACGGAGAAGUAAUGGACCGUCUAAUCCUAAGAAACAGCGCCGUCUUGGCGUUACUCAAAACCCGCGCCGAAACUAAACUCUCCGGUCGUAUUUCAACGAUUCCUGGAAAACAAAUUGAGAUUCUUCCGCUUCUGAAAUUGCAGUUUCGAUUUAUCCGAGUUUUUGGGAAGAGUAAUUCGGAGAAGAAAAAAGAAUCCACGUGGAUUCACAGAUUACCUCUGCCAGAGUGUUUACACAUCAGUGAACACCACUAUCAGCAACACAGCCCGAACCAAACAGUAGCGCCAGAUUCCGAAAUUCUUAAAUACCUACUCAAAGAACCCGGUUGUAACCAAAAAUUGACACAAAAGCGAUGGGAGAGAUGGAGACGUUUUUCAAAUCAGAUUAAAGAUUGCAAGUCCCUAGAUAGUGAAGUGAAAGGUAACAAUAAACAGCGUUACAGAAUGGAGAAGACGGUGAAGAGGUUAUCCUUAGGAUGGGUAAUGGAAGGAUCUUGGAUGACGCGCAAUGAUCUCAACUGACGUCAUUGAUCGUCACGUGACAAUAUAUUAAUGCCAUUAAUAUUUUGUAUAUAUACGGAAAGAAUGUGAAUCAUAAAUAUUUAGUGUAUGCUUUUGAAA